ACACCCAAAAAAUAAUAAGCUCGCUACCGUACCGUAGAAAAACGCCAGGUAACCCAUUUUCGAACUAGGCAUGCCUAUCGACAACCGCUACACACCUGCAAAAAAUCAAAAAGUUCCGUCCACAAUUUCUCGACUUAUAUCCUGUUGACCUACAUACAGACCCAAGUCGGCAAAAUCAUUAUCUUCUUGGCGAAGCUAAUAAAGAUAGGCAAGUGUUGCCCGUAGAAUCCAAGCAAGUGUUUACGCACCUUCAUACCUCGCCGUGAAAUAUACACUAAAUCUAAGGCGAUUAAAAUCUCCAUGAGCACACUGAUGUAAGUCUUUGUAUUUCAUGCCAAAGUUGCUGUCCAAACUCACAGAGAGUAGAAAUCAUCAUUUGGUGCCUCCUACUGUAUUCUGAUCACGACUUUGGUAUUGAGAAUCGCCCGCCGCUGAAACUUGCUCAUGUUAUUCAAAGUGCAAAUCGGGGAACCAUCGAAUGUCGUUGCGUGCCAGCGGGGACAGUUACUAUGUAAAAAUAGCCGAAGAUAUCUGACAACCUUGAGAAUAAAUGGCACUUACAAAUGCAACUUCAGAUCUUCCGCCUGGAUUUCAGAGCUUCCGCCUGGACUUCACGGCUUCCGCCCGGACUUCACAGCUUCCGUCCUCACUGAUUUAAAAAAAAAUCCAACUUCUUGUCAUUACUGCAUAGAUCGUUUGGUUCUUGUUUCCAGACGCUGUGCCGCGUACAUCUGUCGAGCAAUGAGAUUUUUUUUUAUUCAUUCAUUCAUCGAACUCUGAAUUGAACAUCUAACAAUCUUGUGUACUUCUGAAGCUUCGAUGCUCUUUCUCAUCUUUUGAGGCAAAGCUAUCAAAUCGCUUACAAGGCGUUAGCCACAGUAAGAUCAACUUUGACAAAAGCAGCUUGGAAAAAUUGGUUAUACAUGUAUUUUGCUUGCCCUGUAGAUGUAUGGCACAUUGCCAAAAUCCGUCAUGUUACCCAUAAAUCCUGUCGCUGCACAUGCCUACUCAGUAUAAGCCCUUUAACAGAAAUCAGAACGCAUGUGUGGCGACAGGAAUUCUAGGUGAGAUGUCAAAGGUAAAGGGAACCGUCCUUAUCUUGACCAUUGUUUCGAAAUUUGCAUUACAACGUCCAAACAGGUUUUGUUUACUAUUUGUGGGCUUUUACCUUUGACGCACUAACUAGAAUUCCUAUCGCUGCACAUGCGCUCUGAUCUCUGUGAAAUGGCUUAUUGUGACUGUAUGUCGAUCAUCGGAUUUCGGCGACUCUAAUGACAAGGACGCAGAGGGUAAUAAAGAGUGGCUUAUUUUCAUUAAUCACGUAAUCUUAAUGAGCGGAGGAAAUAGGUCUCCGUUCCUAAUAUCAUUUCAAGGUACAGUCUCCGGUCAUUAUAUUACAUUCCACAUAGAGGGAAAAAUUCCCCAGCAACGCCUGGAAAAAUGCAAAGUGCGUUAUGGGCUGCACCAGCUGCCCUUUCUGACUGUUAAUAUUAUUUUUGUCAGCAGGCUCCUGUCCAGAGAGAAAAUAUUUCUAUAUCUAUAACAGCUGUUUUUAUUCGCUGAAUAUUCAAUGCACUUUCAUUUAAUAUUGAUAUUGCAUACUAGUACUAGUAGUAGUUUGUGAAAAAUGAAAAUAGCGUUUAACUUAUUGCACUCUGCGUCAAUGAGGCGAGCGGGAAAAUGGUAUUAGUCCGUCAUUUUAUGGUUCUGAACAAACACAUUUUCCCGUGCUGUACAUAGGACUCAGUAAGAGUACAUGAUAUAUAGGCUAGUGGUGAAAAUGUGAAGCUGACACAACCCAGACUAUUCCACUUGCUCGGAGACUUUGCCCAUACUAGCAUCCCCACAACUUGAUCCUACAGUUAACUGCAAUGUUACUUGAAGUAAAAGUAUGAAAUGGAUAAUCACCAAAAGGUUUAACAACUUAAUAGUCAUUUACUAAAUCAUCCGCACCGCUAUAAAAUGUCACCAAAACUUUACCGUCGGUUUCGCCGUUGAUGUCCCUCCCCUCCCUCCGACAGAUUUUGGACUCGCCCGAUUGAUGUGGGCAAACCUUAAUUGUUGUGCGACAGGUUGGCUCACAUGCGCACACCCCUGCCGGCUGGAGACAUCGCCAACCGACUUGCUGGGCGGCUGCGCUUUUCUGCUGCCCGUGAGGAAGAUAUCAAGACGCUCUCUCCCCACUUUCUCAGAAAUCACAGCGUGAGGGAGGUGUCUUAGACUGAAACUCCAUUUUCUCUUCAUUCGGAAGACGAAUGAGCGCCUUGAGAUUUCUGUACACACCUUACGAGAGAAAGAGAGGGAGAGAGAGAGAUCCUUUCAACUUAACACCCUUCAAAUCAAGAAGAGAUUUGCUGUAAGACGCACAUGUAGAGGCCGUUCCAGCCAUGGACCAUUUCGUCAACAACACGACCGUUACCGAUGACGUCAUGGACAACAUCCCCCUCAUGAAGCACUCCCCCCUGGUGGCCGCCAUCUUCACGGCGUUCUACGUCAUCAUCUUCGUCAUGGGCGUCACGGGCAACCUGCUGGUCUGCGUCGUCGUCAUCAAGGACCGGAGCAUGCGCACGGUGACCAACUACUUCAUCGUGAACCUGGCCGUGAGCGACCUACUGGUCAUGCUGCUCUGUCUGCCCGUCACCCUGGUGGACAACUUACUCACAGGGUGGCGGUUUGGGCAGGCGAUGUGCAAGCUGUAUCCCGUCAUCCAAGGCGCGACCGUGGGCGCGUCACUCUUCACCCUCGUCGCCAUUGCCGCGGACAGAUACAAGGCCGUGCUCCACGCCACAUCCAAGAAGCUGUCCGGGCUCCACACCCUGUGCGUGGUGGUGCUGGUGUGGGCGCUGGCAGUGGCCACCAUGAUCCCGCAAGGCCUCGUCCGCCGAGAGACCUGGUACUACCUGACCAACGGCAACCUCCUGGCAACCUGUACCGAGAAGUGGCAAACGGACAUCUACCGAAAAUUGUACACCGGUAGCCUGUUCAUGAUCUGUUACGCCAUCCCUCUGAUUGUAGCCAUCGUGCUGUAUGUCCGAAUCGGCUACCGGAUCCGAAAGCCGCGACGAAGCUUCCACCUGAGCUCCAGCCCGCAGCGAGCAAGGGUGUCCGCGCGAAAAGUGGCCGUCAUCAAGAUGUUGACGACGGUGGUGAUCCUGUUCGCGGUGCUGUGGCUGCCCCUGCAGACCGUCUUCAUGGUCUCGGACUUCGCUGACGUCACGGAGGCACAGAAGUACGUCAUCUUCGUCUACAUCUAUCCCAUCGCCCAUUGGCUGACGUACAUGAACAGCGCGCUCAACCCGGUGGUUUAUGGGUACUUCAACAACAACUUCCGCGAGGCGUUCCACAGCCUGAUCUCCACAUGGCGGAAGAACGUGGGGUUGAACAGUAUGCGUAAGAAGGCCUUCAUCAUGUCCCGUCGCCUCACACGAACCACCAAGACCCCGACCUCUCCCACUCAACAGAUACAGCUCACUACCAUAAACUAAAGCCUCCAUCACAAACAUCGUACGGCAUGAGUACGGCAGCACAUUAAAGACAGUCUUGGGACAGCCAUGGGGCUAGUGUACAAAUUUUAGCUUUCCUGGUUUGGAACGGAAAAGCUUGUCAUGGAUCCUAGUCGGUUGUGUCCCAGCCUCUCCGAAAGUUGUGUGACAAAAAAAAAAUCAGAAUAAGACUGAUUGCGUUAAAGUAUGGCAUUUCCUAACAUUCAAGCAGUGGUAUGGCAUGUGGUUGGUUCCGUACCUUCUUUUGCUUAACGUAUUUUAAGUUGUAUAUCUAUUUCUAUUCUAUCAUUAGCGCAUCAAUUAAAAGGAUAACAAAACGGCCAGACAGAUUCGCAGAAAAAAAUAAAGCCAAACGUCUACUUGCAUAUUUUGACCUUCCUACCCUGAAAAAUCCGCCCGUUUCAACAAGGCUCAUUGUGAUAUUCGAAUAUCGAAUAUUGCGACCUGUACUUAUAUUUUCGCAAACUGAUAAUACAGAAAACGUCACGAUUCUAUGAGUAUGACGGAUGGAGCGCGUAGAUACUCACGCACACAAACAUACAUGAAUAUAUAUAUAUAUACAUACACACACACGCACACACGCGCACACACAUA